GGGCGCAUGACAUUAUUGAGCUCACUGCACAGCGUGUACUCUCGCAAUGGCGUUUAAGUGGUUGAAAAAACUGAUCCCAGGGAAAAAGUCCCGCAGGAAGGAGGAGAUGCAGCGAAAACAGGAGGAGCUGAAGCUGAAAGAGGAGGGGCUGAAGCUGAAAGAGGAGGAGUUAAAGCAGAUAGAAGCGGAGUUUAGUCAGAAAGAGGAGGAGUUUCAGGAGAAAGAAGAAGAGUUUCAGGAGAAAGAGGAGGAGUUACAGCUGAAAGAGGAGGAGAUGCAGGAGAAACAAGAGGAGAUGCAGCAAAAAGAGGAGGAGAUGCUUCUGAAACAGGAGGAGUUGCGGCAGAAAGAGGACAUGCAGCUGCAGGAAGAUAAAGAGAUGCUGCAGUAUAAGAAGGAGAUGCAGCAGAAAGAGAAGGAGAUGGAGCUGCAGAUGCAGCAGAAAGAGAGGAAGAUAUGGCUGCUGAAAGAGGAGAUGCAGCAGAAAGGGAAGGAGAUGGAGCUGCAGAUGCUGCAGAAAGAGAAGGAGAUGUGGCUGCUGAAAGAGAAGAUGCAGCAGAAAGAGGAGGAGAUGGAGCUGCAGUGGCAGCAGAAAGAGAAGGAGAUGUGGCUGCUGAAAGAGGAGAUGCAGCAGAAAGAGACGGAGCUGGAGCAGAAAGAGACGGAGCUGGAGCAGAAGGAGAUGGGGAUGCAGCUGCUGAAAGAGGAGAUUGUGCAGAAAGUGAAGGAGAUGCUGGAUGAAGAGAAGGAGAUGCAGCAGAAAGAGGAGGAGCUGGAGCAGAAAGAGAAGGAGAUGCAGCGGCAGGAAGAGGACCUUCUGCAGAAAGUCAAUAAUAUGCUGGUAGAAGAUAAAGAGAUCCUGCAGAAAGAGAUGGAGAUGCGGCAGCUGAUAGAGAAGGAGAUGAGGCAGCUGAAAGAGCAGAUGAAGCAGCAAGAAAGGGAGAUGAAGCAGAAAGAAAGGGAGGUGAAGCAGAAAGAAAGGGAGGUGAAGCAGAAAGAAAGGGAGGUGAAGCAGAAAGAAAGGGAGAUUAAGCAGAAAGAAAGGGAGAUGAAGCAGAAAGAAAGGGAGAUGAAGCAGGAAGAGAAGGAGAUGGAGCAGGAAGAGAAGGAGAUGGAGCAGGAAGAGAAGGAGAUGGAGGAGGAAGACAAGGAGAUGGAGCAGAAAGAGUAGGAGAUUGAGCAGAAAGAGGAGAUUCUGAUACAGAGGAGCGGCUUAAGGAGAAAGAUACAGAAGCAAAAAAUGUGAUGAAUAUGAUGAGUGCUGAGAGCAUAGCAGCAGGGCGAUUGACAGCUCCAGCAAAAAAAAAUAAAAUAAAAAAUAAAAUAAAAUGUAUAUAUACACAUAUGAAUAAAGAUAACUAAAGUAUUAAAAGUCCUCCACAGGGAGGGGGUGGCAUUGGGUCAUAAAGAUCAUCA